UUUGGCCACAGGUUCUCAUUCACAUCACAUCUUAUGUUGUCUUGGGCAAUACAGCUUCUGUAGGAGAUAAUCUUUUGGCAUGCCUGGUCCAUCCCUGGCAAUCUUCUGCAGAUAUGUCCAGGCAUCCAGCAUUCAUUGCAGCCAGGAGGGACAUUUGAUCAUGUGAAUGGUGGUCAUAAACCUUCCACCUCCAUGAGGAAAAUAAUUCCUCUAAUGGGGUUGAGGAAUAGAGAGCAAGGUGGGAGGAAAAGUGACACCAUCCUGGGAUGGGCUGCAAACCACUCUGACUGCACGGGAGUGGGGAAAUGCCACAUUGUCCCAUACAAUUAAAAACAUUGACUGAUUUUGCCUCACUGCAACCCUUUCCUCACCUGGCACAACCCUUCCAUAGAGGUCACCCAGGAAUGAAAUGAGGCGCUCUGUGUUGUACGGCCCAAUUAGCGGUUUGUCUAACAGCAAUCCAUCAGAGGAUAUUGCUGCACACAUUGUGAUGUCACUCCUCUGGCUCUGGACAUCCACUGUGGCUCUUUUCCCCAAUCACAUUCCUUCCUCACUGCCAUGUUUAUGUGGGGGGUUUGUGGGGUGUUUGCCUGGCUUCAAUCUCCAUGACUAUCUAAAAUAAAUCCACAAGGCAACAGAAGAGUUAGGCUAUUACGCUAGUUUACAUUAUACCUACAAAAUCAAAUCAAAUCAAAUCAAAUGUAUUUGUCACACACAUGGUUAGCAGAUGUUAAUGCGAGUGUAGCGAAAUGCUUGUGCUUCUAGUUCCGACAAUGCAGUAAUAACCAACGAGUAAUCUAACCUAACAAUUCCAAAACUACUACCUUAUACACACAAGUGUAAAGGGAUAAAGAAUAUGUACAUAAAAAUAUAUGAAUGAGUGAUGGUACAGAACGGCAUAGGCAAGAUGCAGUAGAUGGUAUCGAGUACAGUAUAUACAUAUGAGAUGAGUAAUGUAGGGUUUGUAAACAAAGUGGCAUAGUUUAAAGUGGCUAGUGAUACAUGUAUUACAUAAAGAUGCAGUAGAUGAUAUAGAGUACAGUAUAUACAUAUACAUAUGAGAUGAGUAAUGUAGGGUAUGUAAACAUUAUAUUAAGUAGCAUUGUUUAAAGUGGCUAGUGAUAUAUUUUACAUCAAUUUCCAUCAAUUCCCAUUAUUAAAAUGGCUGGAGUUGAGUCAGUGUGUUGGCAACAGCCACUCAAUGUUAGUGGUGGCUGUUUAACAGUCUGAUGGCCUUGAGAUAGAAGCUGUUUUUCAGUCUCUCGGUCCCAGCUUUGAUGCACCUAUACUGACCUCGCCUUCUGAAUGAUAGCGGGGUGAACAGGCAGUGGCUCGGGUGGUUGUUGUCCUUGAUGAUCUUUAUGGCCUUCCUGUGACAUUGGGUGGUGUAGGUGUCCUGGAGGGCAGGUAGUUUGCCCCCGGUGAUGCGUUUUGCAGACCUCACUACCCUCUGGAGAGCCUUACGGUUGUGGGCGGAGCAGUUGCCGUACCAGGCGGUGAUACAGCCCGACAGGAUGCUCUCGAUUGUGCAUCUGUAGAAGUUUGUGAGUGUUUUUGGUGACAAGCCGAAUUUCUUCAGCCUCCUGAGGUUGAAGAGGCGUUGCUGCGUCUUCUUCACAAUGCUGUCUGUGUGGGUGGACCAAUUCAGUUUGUCUGUGAUGUGUUCACCGAGGAACUUAAAACUUACUACCCUCUCCACUACUGUCCCAUCGAUGUGGAUAGGGGGGUGCUCCCUCUGCUGUUUCCUGAAGUCCACAAUCAUCUCCUUAGUUUUGUUGAUGUUGAGUGCUCAAUUUACUUCUGUGAUGUACAGUUCAGUCAGAUGCCCUUGCAGAAUGCACAUAUUACCUGUUGUUUUGCCGGAAAUUUCUCACAAUAGAUGCCACUGUUGAGCAUUGCAGAUUUGGCUGCACUCUCAGACCAGCCUCUCUCAUUAAUAGACCAUGAUUUAUUACAUGAUCAAUUAUAGUAGCCCUAAUCUCAUCUGAGACUACAGCUCUUGAUCUUCCUCUCAGUCUUCUUCCACCAUGCAUACGUACUCCUCUCCCUCUCUCAGCCACUCUUCUUCCUCUGUCAGCCACUUCUCUAUCUCUGGCUUGGUCCAUGUUUACAUUAUAGUACAGCAUUAUUCCUAAGAUGUCCCUUUUUGUAAAGAUGGUAAUUAAAUUGAAAGACUAACACCUGGGUAAGUGUUCAGCUACAAUGGCAAUCCGCUGUGGUUGGUCUAAUUGUGUUGAUAGUAUUUCAUGUUUUAGAUUUGGAAUAUAUUUCAAUACGGUAUUAUUGUAGAAAUGUAGCAAAUCGCUGUCUUAUUCAAGUUUGUUAUGUUCGGGUUUGAACUUAAGUUUAACAGUUUUGAAAAUAGUAUGUAAACAUGCAAAUUGGCCUGUAGGUAUUUAGAGUUUUGGUGGUGGUUGUGUCUGAGUGAGAAAAUAAUUCAUGAAAUUUGAAGGAUGUAGUCAUGAAUGCAUUUUGUGCCAAAGCAAUGAAACAUGAUCCACAGUUUAACCCACAUAGACUGCUGUUGUGCUCACUGUGUGAAGAGUUUUGAAAAAGUGACCUAAGUAUUGAGAAAUGGGUCCUAGAAAUGGUUAAAAAUAAUAAUAAUAAUGUAAGAGCACCCCUCCCCCAUAAAGCUUUUUUCUGACAGAGCAAAUGACAGAUUUUGGAAUAGCAUCAACUUUUUCAGAUAGGUUUGGAUGUUUUGAAACUAUUCACUCUCUUUGAAGAGAUUACAAAUGAUUGAUCCCAAAGCAAAACAAAUGUUGAGCCAAAUGAAAAUAUAACACCUGAAAUGACUUUGUAUUACCUUGCAUUACUUAAACAUUAAGCAAGCCAACUAUAACUGUAAGCUUGUAAUGAACACGAUGUGAGACAGAGAGCUGGUUUCAAGCGCAGGGCGCAGCAGGUGUUUAUUGGAAAAGGGCCACAGGAGGAGGCAGGUAGCUGGGUCCAGGGGCAGGCAGAAGAUCAUACACAGGGGGCCAAAAAAAGGCAGGGAAAGGAUAGUAACGUCAUCCGGGAGAUCAUGCAAUAGGUUGAUAACAGGAAAUCCGGCUGAAGUACAGGCACGGAAGAGGCAAAAGGCGUCGUUAGGGAGGCAGGCCAAAACUAUCCUACACGGGAGGAUUAAAUUAUGGGAAAAGCAGCGCUCCAAAUAGAAGUGUGUCACAAAACAAACAAUACCUCACAGUGAUGGGGUGCAAAGAACUGAACUAAAUAGUGUGGGAUAAUGACAUACAGGUGUGUGAACAUGUGAUCAGAAUUCAGGUGAUUGGGAUCUGGAGAGUGAGCUGCGUUCAGGGGAUCUAUGUGUUUGAGAGUGUGAGCUGGAAGCAGACGUUAUAAAACUAGUCAAUGUAAUAUGUAUGAAUCACCGACGGCAACAGGCACAGACAUUUCCCUGCAUCUGUCCCUUUUCUAACCGGUGUCUAUACAUACAUCAGAGAGAGAGCGACAGAGACCAUGUGUGUGGGCGUGCAUAUGAAUACUUUAAAAUACAAGUGUAAACAGAUAUGAGAUGAGACAAGAGUUCUCACCUCUUGGCAGCUCAGUUCAAGGACUGAAUGUGGGUGGGUGUGUUCCAUUUAAACCAAUGAAAAUGAUCUUAAGGUAAAUAUAUUCUCUGAGUUAAACUGAGAUAGAACUGUUUAUUCAUCUAAUUACAGCUCAUCCUCGUCCUUCAUUGUAUCCAUCUUGGACAGGAGGAAAACUGCACGUACAAAAGAAUACAUGUUGGACAUAAAUCUGAUUAGUGACAGACUAUUAUCCAUAACCGUAACUAAGGAAACUAAAAAAACGAUUUGUGUUUUAUGCCAUUUUUCUGUUGAAGCCAGUUUAUUGUGCCAUAACAACGGUCAUCUGCUGUACAAUAGAAUAAUAGUUGUUGGAACAACCCUAGGCCACUAUGUUUUCCAAGUGAAUACAUCAUAUUAGACUAGAAAAUGCAAGCUUCUGAGCAUGUUUGGUGCUUUAACCACUGUCAUUACAUGGCUUUAACCACUGUCAUUACAUGGCUUUAACCACUGUCAUUACAUGGCUUUAACCACUGUCAUUACAUGGCUUUAACCACUGUCAUUACAUGGCUUUAACCACUGUCAUUACAUGGCUUUAACCACUGUCAUUACAUGGCUUUAACCACUGUCAUUACAUGGCUUUAACCACUGUCAUUACAUGGCUUUAACCACUGUCAUUACAUGGCUUUAACCACUGUCAUUACAUGGCUUUAACCACUGUCAUUACAUAGUGUCAUUACAUCAUCUCUGGGUAAAGUGCCCACAUCACUGUUUAGAAACAUGACGGAAUAUUCCUCCACGCCACCCAUAACUCCAUAACUCAGAUUCCCAGAUAGUGUGGGUUUGUGUGUGUGUGUGUGUGUGUGUGUGUGUGUGUGUGUGUGUGUGUGUGUGUGUGUGUGUGUGUGUGUGUGUGUGUGUGUGUGUGUGUGUGUGUGUGUGUGUGUGUGUGUGUGUACCACAAUACGUAAACUAGCAUAUAAACUUUAUUGCCCAAGUCAGCCUUGAAUUGGGUUGAGAUAACUCUUCAGCACAAAUUCUUGUUGAGUUAUAAAGGAAAUUCUUUAUAUGACCUGUGUAACAAUGCACUUCAGUUGCUGCAGCUGUAAGUCAAAGUUCCCUUUCUCCCAACAAGCCUUUUGUUCUCAGUAAUAGUGGAAUUUGAACUGCAAUAAUGGAAAGUACUUUUUCAUCGAUAUGAUUGAUUGCUUAAUUUUGGGUUAUUUCUGAUAGUAAACUAGCUUCAAAUGAUGUUCUGGAAUUCUGUGACUUUACUGUACAGAUGUUUCAUAGACAUUAUUUGGAAACAUUAUGGAACGCACCUUUAAUACAACAGGAUAUGUCAGGAUAUUUCUGAGAGGGAUUGGUGAAACAUGUGAGGACACAUGCAGGAUGAAAAUUCCCAGCCAAAGCAGCAGCUACUCUUCUUGGGGUCCAAACACACUAGGACACUUACAUUAAACAUAAAACCAAAGAUAAAACAACACAUCAUAUAAGAUUGUUACACCACUAUAUAUUUACAACAAAAAAUGUAUGAUACCACCAUACAACAAUAUUACAAUUACAAUGUACGUGUGUGUGUAGAGUGUGUGUGCUAGCGCCCAUGUGUGUGUGCGUGUCUGUACCUGUGUGUGUCUCUUCACAGUCCCCUGCUAUUCCACAAGGUGCAUUCUUGAUACACAUGGGAAGCUGUUGAGCAUUUUUUUUUUAACAGCAGCGUUGGAGUUUUUGACACACCAGCGCGCCUGGCACCUACUACCAUACCCCGUUCAAAGGGACUUAAAUACUUUGUCUUGGCCAUUCACCCUCUGAAUGGCACACAUGCCCAAUCCCUGUCUCAAUUGUCUCAAGGCUUAAAAAUAAUUAUUUAACCUGUCUCCUCCCCUUCAUCUACGCUGACUGAAGUGGAUUUAACAGGUGACAUCAAUAAGGGAUCAUAGCUUUCACCUGGAUUCACCUGGUCGGUCCAUAUUUUGUACACUCAGUGUAUAUCCAUUGAUUUUUUAAAAAUGUAUUAAUGCCUCAUGAGUACAACUGUCACACCACAUCAGAAUCCAAAAUAUAUGCUUGUUUUACUCCAUUGUUAGUAAACAAUGUAAUUGUUUUUUUUUAAACUCCUCAAAAACAUGGUUAAAACUAUUAUUCUGGUAUAAUGGAUCAUGGACAGUCCUUGCAUCGAUAGCUCUGUCUAUGCAUUUGAGAAUUGUUUCCCAAAAGUUUUAAACAGUGACGGUGAACCUUUGUCGCUGUUCGAACUGCAGAUUGCCCCUUUAAUAUGUAUUUUGAUCAAUUAAGUUCAUCAAAUCAAUUGUUAGAGUAGAAAAAAUAGACUUGGAUUUUAUAGAAACAAAUGUAUUUUUAAGAAACGUUUUUGAAUAAAUGUAAGUUUAUCCAAUGAUGUAGGUCUAGAAUUAGGAUACAUGUGUAAUAACUAUAUCAUAACAUAAAGAGUACAGAAUGUGUAAUCAUUUGUAGAUUAAAUGUCUAAAUGUUUGACCAUUUAAAAAAAAAAAUUACUUAACGAAAUAAAACAAAUGCAUGUGGUGACAUUGUGACAAUUUGAUGAUCGGCAAUUCCAAAGCAACAGUGACACAGACCCAGAUUUUUCACUUUAAAAUCUAUAUAAAACCAAAACCAAUUAUUGUAAAGUUAAACAAACCGUACAACUCCAUGCACAAGGACAAGGCCUACUUUUAGCAAUUCCCACAGACAUUUUUACAAAAACACAUUUACUUGAAGAACGUCGCAAAUGCAAAAUUUGGUAACAGAAUGACAGAGCCACAGAUGAGACAGAUAUUUAACCGGAUGUAUAAAUGUGAAGCAUCCGUUUGGCAUUUCCACACACUACCAAAUAUAGUGGUGAGAGAAAGCCCAGUGGCCGGCAGUGGGAGAAGAUGGAUUUUUGCCGACAUUCUGCAAAUGUUCUCAUCGAUGAAACAUUUUAUCUCAAUACAGUUUUCUGUUUACAAAACUAGAAUAUGUUACGAAUAGAGUGGACUACGUUUUGUAGACUUUACCCUUUGCCAAAGUUUCCCCAAAAUGUGUUGUUUGGGAGUGCAAAGGCGAAUUGAGUUACUGCAUACGCGCACUUCACAGAGUAGGUGUUCCUUAACUGAAAUAUGCAAAUACAUGCUAGAAUUAAUAGGCUCUCACUUGCUCGUGUUUGGUUCUGUCCACCUCCCUGCUUGUUCUGCCUGCUAUGAUUCAUUUGCUCCCAUUGUAAAAAUCAGGCUGUGUUAUAUUUUGGGUUGGUUCUAAAAAUCUCUGACAGCACCAACAGCACAAACCAUCUGCACUGUAAAUAAGAAUGUUAUCUCAACUGACUUGCCUAGUUAAAUAAAGUUUUUUUUAUUUUUUAUCUGUGUUUUUGUCAAAUAUUCUGAGAAAAUUGUUAAAAGUAGUCAUUGUGCAUAGAAGUGUGUGGUUUGUUUAACUUUGCAAUCAUUGGUUUUUGUUUAGCAUUCAGUACAUUUGAAAGUGAAAUCGAUGUCACUGACAUCGUGGAAUUGUCCUGAAAUGGGAGAGCAACAGAAGCUCGAGGUGCAGUUCGAAGCUUCGUCCAGAUGGCAAUCUCGAGACUAUUAUGCGGACAAGACUCGUGUAUUAACUUCUAGAGGUUUUACUUACAGUUUAAGUACGUUUUGUCUUUGUUUCUGAUCCGAACAAGUUAAUUAUUUGAAGAUUUUGUCCGCAAACUAUUCAGUCUUGCAAAGACGAGUCUAUAAUAACAAAGGAACCGAAAAUCUUAGUUGGGGUCUUGAUUCUUUUUUUAGUAUCCUACAAACUGGCAAUGGAAGAUUCGGACACCAGAGCAAUUCUUCCCGAAGAUACUCUAUCGUCUGUAGACUACGAAAUACAGAUAAAUGACACAUUUUGUAAUAACGAGGAGGUUGAGAAUAAGGGACACAUUUGCUAUAGACGGCCGCCGUUCGCUUGCCCGCUUUCGGUUUCUGUUGAACCCGUAUUGUUCUUAUCGAUGUUCUCG